GUGUUUGUCAGGAUCUUGCAAGGAUCACAGUGCUCGCGCCAGUGGUUGGUGUCAAUGUGACCGCAGCGUGUAGAAUGAAACGACAUUAUUACGUGCAGAGAAUGAACAGCGAGGAACGGUUCGGAGUGCCCGGUGAUGCGCCCGGCAUUUACACGGUGACGGUGCCGCGGCUGGAAGUGUCCUUCCCGGUGCUGACCGCUGCUCCGGGGCCCGUCUGCCCGCCCCAGCAGCACGGUCCCACGGUGGACUUCGGGACGGUCAAUAUCUACCAAACGGCACUCGGGCCCUCGAAGGCCGGGGCCGAUGGGCCGCUGGGCGCCUCGAAGGUACCGAUGGUGGCCACUGUGGACGAUAAGAGUGAUAACGCCAGCGACGUCACCGGUAACCUCGCCGAUGAUGACGACAACACCGAUAUCAUCUCCGACUACAUCGGCCACUACGGCCGGUGGCAGUUCGGCUGGACGUUCGUGUUGUGCCUGUUCCAGAUUCCCACCACGUUCCACAUCUUUUGUUUGGUGUUUCAGGCCGCCAACCGUGAGUUCUGGUGCGCCCGACCGGAACACCUGGCGACCGUGCCACUCGCCGUGUGGCGCAACCUUACCCAGCCCGACGGCCAGUGCAGCUUCCGGGCGGACGCCCCGUACGAGCGGCUCACGCUGGACAGCUUCUUCGAGUACUUCGCGAGCUUCACGAACGGCACCGCGAACGAUCUGCCACCGGCGGCGGUGGCCGGCGGAUGUCCGGCCUACGAAUACGACGACUCGAUUUUCGGCCAAACGAUCGUGGCCGAGUUUGGGCUCGUCUGUGACCGGGCGUACCUGGUGAGCCUCGUGGAGUUGAGCUUCUUGGCCGGCGCUGCCCUCGGCAGUGUCGGCAGUGGCUGGAUCAGCGACCAGUUCGGGCGUCGCCACACGCUGAUGGGCUUCGCACUGGCCCAGGCCGUCACCGGACUGGCGCUCGGAUUCGUGAGCUCACUGGAGCUCUACAUGGCACUGCGGGUGGUGCUCGGAUUCGCCUCGAUGUCGGUCGCCGUCGUGAGCUUCGUGUUGGUGGUCGAACUGGUGAGCGGCCGGUACCGGACGAUCAUCGGCAUCCUCAACAUACUUCCGGUGGCCUUGGCCUACAUCCUGGCGGCCGGCAUCGCGUACGUAACGCGCGACUGGCGCACGAUGCAGUUCGCCAUCACGCUGCCGGGCCUGGCGCUGGUUGGUCUGUGGUGCCGCUGCCCCGAGUCGCCCCGCUGGCUGCUGGCCAAGGGUCGGCUCGAUGAACUCUACCAGCUGCUCGAGCGGGCCACGAGCUGCAACGGGCUUGGGCCGCUUCCCGACCACUGCCGCAAAUCCCUGGUGGCCGCGGCCAGUACUGGUGCGGGAGUCGAAGGCACGGAACCCGAGGCUGCCGUCUCCGUUGGCGACGUGUUCCGGCGGAAGUUCGUACGGACCACGCUGGUAAUGAUCGUCGUCUGGUUUGGCAUCAUCCUGAUCUACUUCGGCGUCACGCUUCACUUGAGCAACCUCGGCGGGGACAUCUACAUCAACACGGUCAUUGCCGGUUCGGUGGAAUCGAUUGCCAUCUGCCUCAGUAUCGUGGUCGUGCUGAAGCUCGGGCUUCGUAUUAAUUUAUUCCUCUACAUGGUCAUCGCCGGUCUGUCCUGCAUCGUGAUGAACUUUGUCCCGGAUGGCAACCUAUGGCUGAUUAUAACGCUGGCGAUGAUAGUCAAGUGCUGCGUCGGGGCCUGCAACGCCAUCAUCCCAACGUUUACCGCCUACCAAUACCCGACCACCAUGCGCAACCUUGGUGUCGGCGUAGGGAAUUUUGCGGCCGGCGUCGCCCUCAUCAUCGUCCCGUACCUGUGGCUGCUGGAACACUAUGAUCAGUAUCUGCCGAUGACGAUCAUGGGUGUUUUCAGCAUCGUGGGUGCUCUUUCGCUGGCCGUGCUGAAGGAUAAACUGAGCCCCAAGUACCGACAACGGCGGCAAGCUAAACUAUCGGCCAAAAAGUCAAGCCUCAACAACGAGCACGCUCUGCUCGCCGAAUUAUCUACUUUUAGGCGCAUCGAAACGCACUUCCCGCGGCCCGCCGAAGAAACCGGAAUCAGCAACAUUGGAUUCGCUCACAACGAAAGCAUAUUUCUCUAGGACUUCGGCACGUUGGUUGGCGGAUAAUGUAACCCUAUAGCGUAGAUGGGGAAGUAGAACGAGAGAGCUAAAUACUAGGGUGUGCUCUCGAAGGACAACGAUCGCACGCUCGGCAUCGGGACACACAGGAUUGUGAUAACUUAUUCUAACUUGGGGCAACAGUAGUAUUCGGAGAGUGCCAGCGCGGCGCUCUUCAGGCAAUUGGCGAUCGCAACGCGAUGCGAUUGUAUCUAUUGCCAACAACUAGUAUUAACACCGAGCCGCGGUGGCCACAUUAGCAUAAAGGAUUUUUGUUCACAACGAACAUUUGUUGU